AUAGUCAGUUGGUCUUUAUCCGUUGCUGUCCUGUUCCUGACUGAUUUGUCUAUUUCAUAGUUAUUGUUGCUCUUACACCUUGUUGAUAUGCCACACUUAGUCCACCAUCGACGACGCCACUCCUGGCCAUAUUGCGGCCCUGGGACACAGCUACGUGAACGACGGAAUCUGCCGCUCGUCAUCGCUGAGCAGCAACGUCAGUUCGAGCAGCAGUUCUUGACUCCGGUGGGAUCUGAGGAUUUGCUCGAGGAUGAUGCCGCAUCGGCGGGGAUCGUUCGUUCCAGGACUGCCCGGUCCCAUCGACGUUGGUACGCUCCGUGGGAAUCAGCUUCGCCCAGCGCCUCUGGGCAAGUCACAGACCAUCAUGCUGGAUCGGGAUCGGGGUCCCUCCGGAAAAUGAUCCGUCCACCUCUGGAUAAGGCCCGAUCACUGUUUGUGCUGCCGACCACGACCACUACUGGGGAAAGUGUGCUGGUUUCAUACUGGAUGCCCCAAGGAGCUCCUAUUCUGCCGCCUUCAAGUUCUGUUGCUGAAAGAGGGAGAGUUGCCGAUGUUAAGACCGGAGCUGGAUAUCUGUCAGUUGAGCGAUAUCAUCGGCGGUGCCAUUCGGAGCAGCCUCGGUCGUGGAAAAGGCCCAGCGCCGCGUUGUGGCCACUGGAAGAGGAACAAUAGCUUGUAUGCACUGUCUGUUGGUUUGUGCUGUUUCCUUGGUUAUAUUUCAGUGUUUGGUUUUGACAUAUUUGCACGCAUUGCAUUGCGAGGGUUGCUUUCAUGGCGUUGAGUGGGUAUUUUGCAUGCGAUGAGCUUUGUUGAUGGCGGCUGCUUGUUGAUUUAAUGUUAUAGCAAGACCAGUAGGUCAUACUCAAGUCUAGAAAAUGAAGAAAAGGACGGUCUUCGGAAU